ACGCCCCCGCCAACGUCCGAGGACUACGACCUGGGCCAGCGACCCUGCCCUGCCUCUCUGGAAGCCCCGCCCCUCUAACCUCCCCGCGUCUCCAGAGGCCCCGAUUCACCGACGUCCCCGCCCCCCUCGCCUCUCGGCCCCGCCCCGGCACACCGCGCAGGCGCGGCCCGGGCUAGCUGCGUCGCCGCAGUGCCCGGUGACAGAGCCGCCGCAGCAUCCUCGGUGUUCGCGUGUCCUCCCGGCUCUGCAUCUUGUCUUACUCCUCCGCCGGCGCGAUGGCUAAGCCGCUGACGGACAGCGAGAAGCGGAAGCAGAUCAGUGUGCGCGGCAUCGCGGGGCUGGGCGACGUGGCCGAGGUGCGGAAGAGCUUCAAUCGGCACCUGCACUUCACGCUGGUCAAGGACCGCAACGUGGCCACGCCCCGCGACUACUUCUUCGCGCUGGCUCACACUGUGCGGGACCACCUGGUGGGCCGCUGGAUCCGCACGCAGCAGCACUACUACGAGCGCGACCCCAAGCGCAUCUAUUAUCUUUCCCUGGAAUUCUACAUGGGCCGCACACUGCAGAACACAAUGGUGAACCUGGGCCUUCAGAAUGCUUGUGAUGAAGCCAUUUAUCAGCUGGGGUUGGACUUGGAAGAACUGGAGGAAAUAGAAGAGGAUGCUGGCCUCGGGAACGGAGGCUUGGGGAGGCUGGCAGCCUGCUUUCUUGACUCGAUGGCCACGUUGGGCCUGGCAGCAUAUGGCUAUGGAAUCCGCUAUGAGUUUGGGAUUUUUAACCAGAAGAUUGUCAAUGGCUGGCAGGUGGAGGAGGCCGAUGACUGGCUGCGCUACGGCAACCCCUGGGAGAAGGCCCGGCCAGAGUACAUGCUGCCUGUGCACUUCUAUGGGAGGGUGGAGCAUAGCCCGGAGGGCGUCAAGUGGCUGGACACCCAGGUGGUGCUGGCCAUGCCCUACGACACCCCGGUGCCUGGCUACAGGAACAACACCGUCAACACUAUGAGGCUGUGGUCCGCCAAGGCACCCAACGACUUCAAGCUCCAUGACUUUAAUGUGGGUGGCUACAUCGAGGCAGUCCUGGACAGGAACCUGGCCGAGAACAUCUCCAGAGUCCUCUAUCCAAAUGAUAAUUUCUUCGAGGGGAAGGAGCUCCGCCUGAAGCAGGAGUACUUUGUGGUGGCUGCCACCCUCCAGGACAUCAUUCGCCGCUUUAAGUCCUCCAAGUUCGGCUGCCGGGACCCAGUGAGAACCUGUUUCGAGACGUUCCCAGACAAGGUUGCCAUCCAGCUGAACGACACCCACCCAGCCCUUGCCAUCCCUGAGCUCAUGCGGAUACUGGUGGACGUGGAGAAAGUGGACUGGGACAAGGCCUGGGAAAUCACAAAGAAGACCUGUGCAUACACCAACCACACCGUGUUACCCGAGGCCUUAGAGCGCUGGCCUGUGUCCAUGUUUGAGAAGCUCCUGCCACGGCACCUGGAGAUCAUCUAUGCCAUCAACCAGAGGCACCUGGAUCACGUGGCCGCCCUGUUCCCCGGAGACGUGGACCGCCUGCGGAGGAUGUCUGUGAUUGAGGAAGGGGACUGCAAGCGGAUUAACAUGGCCCACCUGUGUGUGAUCGGGUCCCAUGCUGUCAACGGCGUGGCGAGGAUCCACUCGGAGAUUGUGAAGCAGUCAGUCUUUAAGGACUUUUAUGAGCUGGAGCCAGAGAAGUUCCAGAAUAAGACAAAUGGCAUCACACCCCGACGGUGGCUGCUGCUGUGUAACCCGGGGCUGGCCGGCACCAUCGCAGAGAAAAUUGGGGAGGGUUUCCUGACUGACCUGAGCCAACUGAAGAAGCUGUUGCCAUUGGUUGAUGACGAGGCACUCAUCAGGGAUGUGGCCAAGGUCAAGCAGGAAAACAAGCUGAAGUUCUCUGCCUUCCUGGAGAAGGAGCAUAAGGUGAAAAUCAACCCUUCCUCCAUGUUCGACGUGCACGUAAAGAGGAUCCACGAGUACAAGCGGCAGCUGCUGAACUGCCUGCAUAUCAUCACCCUGUACAACCGAAUAAAGAAGGACCCAGCCAAGGCCUUUGUGCCCAGGACUGUCAUGAUCGGGGGCAAGGCGGCCCCCGGUUACCACAUGGCGAAGAUGAUCAUCAAGCUGGUCACAUCCAUCGGCAGUGUCGUCAACCACGAUCCAAUUGUGGGCGACAAGCUCAAAGUGAUCUUCCUGGAAAACUACCGAGUGUCUUUGGCUGAGAAAGUGAUCCCCGCAGCAGACCUGUCCCAGCAGAUCUCCACUGCAGGCACCGAGGCCUCGGGCACAGGCAACAUGAAGUUCAUGCUCAAUGGGGCCCUCACCAUUGGUACCAUGGAUGGAGCCAACGUAGAGAUGGCUGAGGAAGCUGGGGCUGAGAACCUCUUCAUCUUUGGCAUGCGUGUGGAGGAUGUCGAGGCCCUGGACCGGAAAGGGUACAAUGCCAGAGAAUACUAUGACCGCCUGCCCGAGCUAAAGCAGGCCGUGGACCAGAUCAGCAGCGGCUUCUUCUCUCCCAAGGAACCAGACUGCUUCAGGGACAUGGUCAACAUGCUGCUGAACCACGACAGAACCCCAGGGAGUGGACCAAGAAGGUCAUCAGGAACAUCGCCUGCUCGGGCAAGUUCUCCAGUGACCGGACCAUCACAGAGUACGCCCGGGACAUCUGGGGCGUGGAGCCCUCUGACCUGCAGAUCCCGCCCCCCAACCUCCCCAGGGAUUAGGCACCCUGGCAAUGGUCUGCUGUUUCUGGAGGGCCAUGGGGAUUGUGCUGGUGGCUUGGGGUGGGCAAGGAAGGAAAAGCUCAAAAAGGGAGACGCUCCCCGGUUUCCUGCAGGAAAGCAGAGCUUGCAGCCCUGCCCAGGGCAGCUGGCUCCGCAGCUUUAGCUCACCUGCCCCAAGGAGGUGGGGAAGGUGGAGCCACCAGAUGGGCUCCUCUGAGACCUUGCACGCACCUUGCAGUGAGCUUGUUUUUAGUUUUGAGCCUCUGGAUUCUGGGGUCUGGGCAGGUAGCUGUGGCGAAGCCUGGGGAACUGUGUUUUCUGCACCACAUGUGCUGGCCUGCUGCAUGGACUCCCAGCCUCCUGGCUGUGCUAGUACUCCGGCCAAGCCUGCCGCUGCUGAGUGGGUGCUCUGGCCCAGGGUUUCCAGACUGAUCAGAUAAAGGGGCCCUAGGAUGACUCAGGGGGACAUGAGGAGGAUACCUGUGCCCGACAUCUAGGGGUCCUUGGCUAGGACAAGGCUGACUGAUGCAGUUAGCUUGGUUUUGCUUUUUCAAGAGGAUAAUCAGCUUUCCCAGGGAAAUGAAAGUAGCUGAAGCCUUUUCUUGUUUUAGCAACUAAAAAUUGUACUUUUGAAGUUUUGUGCUGGGGAGGCAAUGCUGGGAUGUAUUGCCAAGCCCUCGGGAGCCCAGGGUGGGGCGCUGCCUUGGCUGGAGAGGCCAAGUGCCCCUGCCAUGUCCUGGGGCCUGCCUCUCUUCUCUCUCCAUUUCCACCAGUGUGACCGCCUUGGAAAGGACUGAGCAGGCCCAGAGAGCCCACUUUCCACUCGGCCUGGAUGGCAGGCUGGUGGCGGGAAGGGUGGGUGAGCCUCUCUCAGCUGAGAGAGCCAGGGAGCAGGCUGGUGCGCUUCACCACGGGCUUAAUGGAGACACGGGGGACAGCACCCUUCCAGAGGCUCUGUCUCUUUGCAUGCUGGAUCUGGAUGGCACAGGGCUCUGCCCUCACCCUGGGUCCUGAUGGCUCACAGAAUCAGGCCAUGGAGGAUUUGCUCAUGUGCGCACUUCACCAGAGCUGUGUGGAGGUCUGCUGGGGAGGCCCACGUUCUGAGGCUGUGGUCAUACCCCCACCACCUUCCGCUACCCCAUUUCUUAGGCUGUGUGUGACCAUCACUGUGCCACUUGCUGUUACUGCCUUGUGUGAGAAACCAAUUAAACCUUCCUGCCUGUG